UCCCGCCGGCGAAGCGUCUCUCUCUUUCUUCCGAACAUUCUCAUCAUCGAUCCCGCAAAUAUUACCGAGUGUACGUACUGUCUAUUUAGUGCUAUCUAUUCAAGUGUAUCAGUCUCAGGAACCCAGAGUGUAUUUGGUGCGUCGGGGUGGCAGACUGCGACAACGGGAAAAAUCCGACAUAAAGGUCAAAUGCGACACACAGCGAAUGAGUGGAACUUCCGUUUUAUUCAGGACGUAAUGAAAGAGACAUUGGUAAAGCAAGAGAUCAAAAUGGAAUGGGAUAAUCAUCGUGCGGACGAUAAUUCAUCACAAGUUUCUGGAAAUGAAGUCCAGACAACUAGAAGUCCUCAAAGCGUAAUAACGACUAGAAGACAUGUGAGAACGAUUACGACCGCUGGUCAUAUAACCGAGGGAAUUGCCGAAGUUGAUCCGGAAUCUCCGGAUUCAAAUUCGGUUAGUGGGAGUCUUCAUCAGGGAUUUCAACACAGACAUGAGCAACAUGAACAAGCCCAACAGCGUAAUUUCCAAGAGGAACAGCAGCGAACGCAGCAGCAUUACGUGCAAAUUUCCCAUACGAGCACUGAGAACCAGCAACGACCGACGGAUCAGCAACGUGUCGUUUAUGCUACUAGCAGCGGCCAGGAAGUUCAAGUUGAAGUUUCUGAAGCCUCCGAUGCUACCAUCACACUUACAGUAAAAGAACCGCCCAGAUACGAAACGCCUGCGCCAGAAAGAUUGGAAGUAGAUCGAAUAUAUGCUUACUCCGACGGACAUGAAAUCCGAAGAGAGAACCAUGUGAUCACCGUACAAGUACCGGAUCAUCGGCGAACUCAGCAGGCAGGGCACCAAAGAUUCAGUCCUCCCGAAAAUCAUCAAGCCUCUGGGCCAAACGGAGGAAGAUAUCAAACAUCGCCAGUUCUGACCACGACGGAAGACUAUGACGCCUCGAUCGUUACGCAAUCAGGAUCUACAGUCCACCUUGGAUCACCCGCACCAUAUUCACCGCCAAUCGAUGGUAUACGUGCCGGUCAGCAACAGCUCGUAGCAACGAGUUAUGCCGACGGUGUUGUCAAGUACGAUGCCGAAGCCGCGGCUGCUGCGGAAACCAUCAAAGCUUCUAAUACGUACACCACGCUAGAAACAGUCGCUAUUCCACCCACACAACCCGUUCAAUACACACAGUAUUUAUCUGUUGGCGAGACUUUUCAACAGACGCCAACGUAUAGUUACACCAAGCCAGGAGAGCCUGUGAUCUUGGCAUAUCCACCAGCAGCGCAACUUGGCUCGAGAGUUACCGAGGUAGAAUCAUCUGGCAGCGCAUACAUGAAGAGCGAUCCCACGUUAGCAUCAUCCUUGACCGCCAGCCGAGCGGUUCCCUUACACUACGAACAGCCCGGUUCGCCAAACUCCCAAGUGACUCUGUACAGCACAGGACCGACGUCAUAUCAAUACAUGAAAUCUUCCUCAGGUGAUCCUUAUUGGCCAGGUGGCAGUACUCCUCCUCCCUUGGAGUAUGUCCAGGGUUAUCCAGGCAUCGCUACGAUUUCCGUUAACGAUGCUAACGUGCAGCUCUAUUCCAACUGUAGCGGUGGAUACAGCGUUUCCGCGAGCGGAAAUGGACCAUCUCCUGGGUGGACUACCCUUCCGCUUUCCAGCGCUGAGGAGGGAUUCGAAGGAGUCAUAGCAACUGAACCCAAAGAAUGUGUUAAUUGCGCGGCCAGCAUGACACCAUUAUGGAGAAGGGAUGGCACUGGUCACUAUCUUUGCAAUGCUUGUGGGCUCUACAAUAAGAUGAAUGGCGUCAAUAGACCACCUAUGCGAUGCACCAAACCGAAGCAAUCGGUUGCGCCGGUAAACACUGCUAAUGUACGAAGAACAGGAGUACAAUGUGCAAAUUGUAGGACAAGCAACACAACCCUUUGGAGACGAAACAAUAAUGGUGAGCCAGUCUGCAAUGCGUGCGGCCUUUAUUUUAAGUUACAUAACGUGAAUAGGCCUUUAAGUAUGAAAAAAGAAGGAAUACAGACGCGGAAGAGGAAACCGAAAAAUCAUUCAAACAUCACUGGAAAUCUACCUGGUCCUAGUGGUAUCCACAAGCCCGAUAUCAAGUCCAGUCUACUUGUGGACUCGUUGCAGUUGAAUAUGUACGCAAGCGGCGGUGGGGGUGGUGGAGGGAUCGAAGAACAUUGUCUUCCUGUAACUACACCAACUGGAGCACAAUUAGGACAUGCACACUCACCUCUCGCAUUACCUACCGCCGCCGUGUUGAAUCGUCAAACUACUCUUACCGUGCCGCCACUAGAACCAAUCACUAGUCAAUCCACCAGCGACAUCGCUUCGGUUAUAACGUCAACUACGGCCGCCCAUGCAGAGAAAUCGUGAAUAUCAUUUCUGUUCUGUAGAGUUUGUAGAAAUUCUGUACUUGCCGACCGUAGCUUUAGUAUGAACGUGCAUUGACUUUAUUAUUGGUUUUGACAUCGAAAUAUGUUGAUUAUCAUUGAAAAAGCAAUUGUAUUAAUUGCAAACAGAUGGAAUUAUCCUGUACAAAAAAAAA